UUUAGGAGAGCUCUCAGAUUGUAGUCGGAGGCCCCAAGAAUAGGACCCGACGCGGCGUCCCUCUCCCCGACGCCUCGACGCGGCCGCGUUCACCGCGCGGCCUCCCUCUCCUCCGACGCCGGCCGCGGCCACCACGCCCCGACGCGGCCUCCCUCUCCCCCGACGCCUCGACGCCACCGCCGGCCGCGGCCACCCUCUCCCCCGACGGCCCGGCUCCACCGCGCCCCGACGCCCGGCUCCACCGCGCCCCGACGCCCGGCUCCACCGUGCCCCGACGCCCUGGCUCCACCGCGCCAUGACGCCCCGGCAUCACCGCGCCACGACGCCCCGGCUCCACCGCGACCCGACGCCCCGACGCCCGGCUCCACCGCGCCCCGACGCCCGGCUCCACCGUGCCCCGACGCCCUAGCACCGCCGGCCAACCCUAGCGCAAGAAACAAAUUCGGAAGGAGGAGGAGGACAAGGUGGUCGACACCGUCCUCACCGGCGAGCUCGCCAAGCCGCUCACCGCCUACUGCCGAUAUUUCUAUGGACGGCAGCGCGUCAUCAGGAGGAUUCUCCGGAGCCGGGCUGCCUCCCCGUCCGACGGUGUCUACCACGCGACGUCGUCCGUUCGUCGCGCCGCAUUCCCGUGCUGCGACAUCGUCUUCUCUCGAUGCCAACCUACCUCGUCGCCAAGAACUUCCUUCCCCCAACAGCGACGGCAGCGGCAGCAGGAUGCCUUCUCCUGGCGGCGGCCGCAGUGGUGGCAGGAUGCCUUUUCCGAGCGGUGGCUUACCUCGUCGGCUCCCCAACGCCCCACCUACACUCGGUCCUCGCGCGUUGAGCUUCACAGAGCCUCACGCCGCCACCUGGGACGCCGGCAGAAUCACAACAUCACCAGCAGAAGUCUACCAAGUAGCCGACGACGACUUUAGCCCCAACCAUUGGACGCCUGAUUACUCGUGGGAGCAGGAACAAAAGAUCAUGUUUUGUGAUGUGACCACCAUGGAUGAUGAUCAAAGGGCAUAUGUCAAGGCGAAGAGGGCAAAGAUUAUCAAGGCGAUGAGUGCUAGUGUAGGCGAGACGGCUAGUGGUGAGAGUGCAGUGUAGGUUUUUGUAAACAUACACUUGUCAUGUUCAGGCAGUUCAAUUAUGAGUUAUUAGUUGAAGGAUUUUGUAAACACUUGCCAUUUCCAGUAUAUCUGUACUUAAAAGCUGGUUUAUUCACAGCUGGUUUUAUUUAUCAGUACUCUGUCUUUGGCUUUGUGCAAGUUGCCAUUUCUAGUUGACUGUGUAUCCCUGUUCUGUAUCCUUACUUUAAGUAAAUGACAGAGAGGUGCAAUAAGUUUGGUGACGAU